AUGUCAUAUCAGACUGGAGCUAAUAUACGGAAGAAACUGGUGAUAGUUGGUGAUGGUGCAUGUGGUAAAACCUGUCUUUUGAUAGUCUUUUCAAAAGGACAGUUUCCGGAAGUGUACGUCCCUACGGUGUUCGAGAAUUACGUCGCUGAUGUUGAAGUGGAUGGCAAGCAUGUGGAAUUGGCUCUUUGGGAUACUGCAGGGCAAGAGGACUACGAUCGGCUACGUCCGCUCUCCUACCCUGACUCCAAUGUGGUAUUGAUUUGCUUCUCGAUAGAUCUCCCCGAUUCCCUUGACAAUGUGCAGGAGAAAUGGAUUGCUGAAGUGCUUCACUUCUGUCAAGGUGUUCCAAUCAUUUUGGUGGGCUGCAAAGUUGAUCUUCGGAACAGCAGUCAAACUAUUGAAACAUUGAGGGCAAUUGGUCAACAACCGGUAUCUACCGCAGACGGGCAAGCCGUGGCAGACAAAAUCGGGGCCGUUUCUUACCAAGAAUGUUCUGCUAAAACCGGAUUUGGUGUCCGCGAGGUGUUCGAGGCUGCCACAAGAGCUGCGCUCAAGGGCAAGUCCACUACAAACAAGCAAAACAAACCAAGCACAAAAAAGAAGAAGAAAUGUACAUUGCUGUGA